CUGGUGUUUGUACCUAUUUCAGGCACGACCAGACUAUGCCCUUGGCAAUGUGUUCGGGUCGACAAUAGUACAGGUUUCAGGCUCUUUAAUCCCAUACUUAUAGCAAGAGCAACUGGCCUCCUCCUUAAGAUUUUACUACACGUGAAAAUAUGACCAUAGAGGAUAUUUCCGCUCUCCAACCUGAUCGCGCAAUCUCCGUCUCGCCGAGCGUGCCACAUCCUGAAUCAUACCCCGAUCCCAAAAUCACAGAUACCAGACAAUCAACUCGAUCCAACAGCAUCAGUCAUGUCGAAGAGCCGAAGCAGGACGAUGACCUCCCCGUUUACCGCCUCUACAGGCGUCGCUUUACUGGCCUCCUUGGUUUCGUGAGUUUAGAUCUCUCUCCUAUAGCCGCUCAGGAAUUUGACAUCUCCAUCAGCCAGGUGAACUGGCUGGGUAACAUUAUAUCUUGUGUCUUCCUUCCCGUCUCCCUUCUCGUUCCCGUUUUUUGCACGCGCUUCGGUAUUCGCCGCUGUGUACCAUCACGACCUUGUCCCCUGAGUAGUGCUUAUGCGCUACUCAUCCUCGGACAGUUCUUCUCGGCAAUAUCCCAACCUAUCUUCCAAGUUCUUGGUCCAAAGUAUUCUGAGAUGUGGUUUGACCUCAAAGGGCGAACGACUGCAACAAUGGUGAUCGCCAUCGCCAACCCUGUAGGUGGCGCAAUUGGUCAAUUGCUUAGUCCUCUGGUCGGCACUGCAAGGCAAUCUGUGGGUUCCCUGAAACUUUCUAUUGUUUACGUACUGCGUGUCGCACGUUGUUUCCUAUGCACCCCAUAUGCAGGCUCUAAGGCCCCACAAUCACUCAACUCCCUCCUACGUGCGAUGAUUGGGAAAGUUCGCACCGGCGACCCUGCUUACAUGACUCCUCACGAACGGCUGGAUUUCGUCAUCAACACGUUACUUUUCGGUGUACUCGUUGGCGCGGCAAACGCACUCAGCAUCCUCUCCGCGCAAUAUUUCGAACCUGAGGGGUACAGCGAUUCGAUAUCAGGCCUCCUUGGCGCAACCCUCCUACUCAGUGGAGUUUUCACUGGUAUCGUCACUGCUCCUCUGUUCGACCGGGUUUUGACCCACCAUCUGGGCAUAACAAUAAAAGUCCUUGUCCCUAUUGCUGCAGGAGCGUGGUUGAGUUUGAUCUGGGCUGUCAAACCGAAUAACACCGGCGGGCUCUUCGCGAUCAUGGUCAUUAUCGGUAUCUGCUCCCUAAUCAUGCUCCCAGUCGGCCUUGAGUUGGCAGUCGAAGUUACCCGAAAUGCAGACGGCAGUGCCGCCAUUUUGUGGUGCACAGGCAAUGCAUUGGGCAUCAUAUUCAUACUCGCGGAAGGCGCCCUCCGCGCAUCAGCGACCGCAUCCCCACCAUAUAAUAUGCACUCAGCGUUCGUGCUGCACGGCGUGUUAGUGGCGGUGGUGAGCGCAAACGUGGUGUUCGUACGCGCUAAGCAGGUGCGGCGGGAGAUGGACGAACGCAUGGCGCAGCACCUACAUCCAAAUCAUUGUGUGGAGGCGUUGCCGAUGGGUACGUUAGGCACGGCCUAUUCAAAUCAGUCCAUCAAGUCGAUAGAAAAGGAGAGCGGAUGGAUACAAGAUAAAGAUAAAGAUAAAGAUAACGCAAUACCAUCGCCUGAGGAAAUAGAGGAUACCAGGCUGGAGGUGAUCGGGACUGUUGCAUAACAAGAUUCGACAUUUGCUCCUCGGGUGUUUAACAUUUCGACAUGCUGUUCUGGGACUGAAGAUGAUUCAUAUGUAUUUAAUUGGCACAAUUUAACUUAUAACUGUUUGUUGGCAGAAU